AUGGCUGCAUCCACUGCUGGAAAGGUUAUACGCUGCAAAGCUGCGGUGGCAUGGGAAGCUGGAAAGCCACUGGUGAUAGAGGAGGUUGAGGUAUCUCCACCACAAGCAAAUGAGGUUCGUGUCAAGAUCUUGUUUACCUCACUCUGCCACACUGAUGUCUACUUCUGGGAAGCUAAGGGACAGACACCAUUAUUUCCACGCAUAUUUGGUCAUGAAGCGGGAGGAAUUGUGGAAAGUGUUGGUGAGGGUGUGACGGAUCUGAAGCCCGGUGAUCAUGUGCUUCCAGUGUUCACAGGAGAGUGCAAGGAGUGUCAGCACUGCAAAUCAGAAGAAAGCAACAUGUGUGACCUACUAAGGAUUAAUCCUGACCGUGGAGUAAUGCUGAACGAUGGCAAGUCUAGGUUUUCAAUCAAUGGACAACCAAUAUACCACUUUGUUGGAACCUCCACUUUCAGUGAAUACACUGUAGUCCACGUUGGCUGUCUUGCCAAGAUCAACUCUGCUGCCCCACUUGACAAAGUUUGUGUUCUUAGCUGUGGAAUCUCAACAGGUCUUGGUGCUACAUUGAAUGUUGCAAAACCAACCAAAGGUUCUUCAGUAGCUAUAUUUGGAUUGGGAGCAGUGGGUCUUGCCGCUGCUGAGGGAGCUAGACUUGCUGGUGCUUCUAGGAUUAUUGGAGUUGAUUUGAAUUCUAAGAGAUUCAAUGAAGCUAAGAAGUUUGGUGUUACUGAGUUUGUGAAUCCAAAAGAUUAUAACAGGCCCGUUCAAGAGGUAAUUGCUGAAAUGACUGGUGGGGGAGUUGACCGAAGUGUUGAGUGUACUGGAAGUAUUAGUGCUAUGAUCUCUGCAUUUGAAUGCGUUCAUGAUGGAUGGGGUGUUGCUGUACUUGUCGGGGUACCAAGCAAAGAUGAUGCUUUCAAAACACAUCCUAUUAAUGUCUUGAACGAAAAGACGCUCAAGGGUACUUUCUUUGGAAACUAUAAACCACGUUCUGACCUCCCAUCGGUGGUGGAGAUGUACAUGAACAAGGAACUUGAACUGGAGAAAUUUAUCACCCAUGAAGUACAUUUCUCAGAAAUCAACAAGGCCUUUGACUACAUGCUUAAAGGGGAGAGCCUGCGUUGUAUAAUCCGCAUGACUGAGUAG